AUGGACGAGCGCGCCUUGAUCGGCCGAAGCCUCUCGCAAUGUGGCACGCAUGUCCCAGCGUCUUGGAAAGCCGUCAGGCUGAGGUACUUUCUACCGCGUGCCCGGGGACCUGCCACAGGGCUCGAGAGAGUCACAGUGGACUCCCCUGCUGCGUGUCAGUUGCUACCUGAACUUCUCCCGCCACUCGAGACAACUCUAGAGAAGUAUAGCGGCUGCGUGGAAAAACUCAUUUCACGCGCUAAACAUAACUUUCCUCCACUCAUUCACGCUUGGCCGUCUUCAAUCUUCCGCGUGACUCCUUUCCAUGCAACUGACUCCCAGAGGUCAAUUAAGUGGAUCCUCCCCCGAGCGCUGUUCCGCAUCUGCGUGCACAUUGAUAGCUCUUUGCGCUCAUGUGAUUGGUCACCGGGUGAGGCCAUCUUGUGCCCGAAUCCUGCGGGACAUUGGCGAGCAACGAGGAAUCCAGCGCUCGUAACUGAUGACAACUGCAAUGCUGCAUCAUUAUCGAGAACGAGUGACGAGUGUGCAAAAAAGACACAUUCCCAGCUGCAGGAAUUCAGCAAUCAGACUGUGCAUUGUCCUCAGGGACACCAAGCGUUCUCCACUGAACCGACAAAUUCACUUCCCUCCCCUCGGGACCACGCUCCAGCCCAUCGAGGCGGUACAGGACCUCGUAGGCAUCCGGUGGUAAUUGAAGAGGCUUUGCAGCGUGCCCGUCCACCGUCCGAAGACACCCCAUCGGCGUAUUCAAAUUCAACACCCGCCCAAGUUGUCAUCUCGCGUCGCGAUAAAGGCAGCGAGCGCGAUUGCAAUUGUGCUGACACAUCAGGGGGCGAGGGUAUUAAAGGGGGCUCAUCCGCCAAUUCGCCUCAACUCAAUCACGAGCCGUGGAACUUGUUGGUGCCGGAAAGAUGUAUUCGUCGACGACACAGAGUGUCCGAUGAGUGCCCGCGACCAGUGCCAAAUAGCCAAAGUGUUGAUCAAGUGACUGUCAAGAGAAGUUGUCGUGAUAUUUUGUGCUUCUGCCCGCAACUGAAACCCCUUCUGGCGAAAUUAAGUGCCACACUCGAUAGUUCCUCCCGACUUCUCACCAUGAUGCUGCGCUCGAUGAAGCUGAAGGAGCGCCUCGCCGUGGGGUUCGGCGUCUCCCUCGUGCUCUUCACCUUGCUCUUGGUGGUGGAUCUGCAGAUGGAUUUGGGUGUGUCGAAGAGUCACAUCGUUCCAUCUCAUGCUAAAGUGAAAUACGUCCAGUCUGAAGACAAGAAUGGUGUCUUUGAGGGAUUCAAGAGGAAGUUCCUGCAGAAAAGCAACUCUUCCGGCUCUAAGGAGGCCUCAACGACCAGCCACAACCGCGGCCGCACAGACACGAGUGGGCCUGGUCAGAAAAUACCCACCCAGCCACCAGUGCACGACAAAUUCAGCGACCUGCUCGCCAUUCUGGUGGAGCCCAAGCAAAUUGGCACUGUGAUAGUCAACUCCGAGCCGGAUGACUUGAAUCCGUGUUUGGAUGAUCUUCUGGAUAUGACAAUAAGCAAAAACGCGAGCAACUUGGAAAGGCUCCAAUUGCGGAUAUGCAAAAGAGAAUUGUACAAGAAGGAUGAUCCAAUUGUCGAGGCAGUUCUGCGUGAUAUGGCCACAUUGCCAAUUAACCACGUUGUUCAAAAAGAGGGUGGAACACAAAUAAAGCUCAUCAUUGAGUAUCAGAAUGAUAUAAAGGCCCUGUUCAAACCAAUGAGAUUCCCACGGGAUCAACAGACUCUGCCGAAUCAUUUCUACUUCACUGACUUCGAGAGACACAUUGCAGAGAUUGCAGCAUUCCAUCUCGAUGGACUCAUGGGCUUUAGGCGAGCAAUGCCGGUCGUGGGACGAACAUUAAAUAUUACAACAGAAAUUUAUCAAGUCUGCGAUGAUGAAUUGCUGAAGACCUUCUUUGUGUCACCAUCGAAUAACCUGUGCUUCCACGGCAAGUGCUCCUACUACUGCGACACCUCCCAUGCAAUUUGUGGCAGUCCUGACACCCUCGAGGGCUCCUUUGCCGCCUUCUUGCCCGGGUGGGAGCAAGCCGGUCGCAAGGUCUGGCGACAUCCGUGGCGACGAUCCUACCAUAAGAGAAGGAAAGCUCAGUGGGAGACAGAUGCUGACUAUUGUUCAAUGGUGAGAGAUAUUCCACCAUAUGACCAGGGCAGACGACUCCUCGACCUGAUGGACAUGUCUGUGUUUGACUUUCUCAUGGGGAACAUGGAUCGCCAUCACUACGAAACCUUCAAGAUUUUUGGCAAUGACACAUUCCCACUCCACCUGGACCACGGACGUGGCUUCGGAAAGCCCUUCCACGAUGAACUGACGAUCCUGGCUCCGGUGCUCCAGUGCUGCCUAAUUAGAGCCUCUACGCUUGAAACGCUGCUCAGAUUCCACAACGGCAAGCACCUGUCAGAGGCCAUGCGCGAGUCCAUGGCUAAGGACCCCGUGGCCCCGGUCCUGUGGGAGCCCCACCUCGAGGCUCUGGAUCGUCGGGUGGGCAUCAUUUUGCAGGGCAUUCGAGACUGCCUGAAGAAGAACAAUCAGGACGAGGUGAUAGUAUCGAAUGACUUGUCAUAGCACCGAAUUGCCAAGGUUCCACUAGCUUAGGAACUGCGCUAAGAUAGAGAAUUCCCUCACUUGACGUCAAUAUUUCCCAAGCAAAGUUCAUAAAUUACAAAAAAAACAGACGGGAUGAGUUCGAUUGGGAAAAUAUUAUGAAUUGUUGUGUAAUGUGUAAAUCGAGAGAGUUAUUUUUACAUGCUCUGAGAGAGUAGAAAUUUAAAAGAAAUGUUUAUUGUUACUUUUGAAGAUGGAUGGGAAACUGGAAGAGUGUUGAAUAGCUUUAAGAGAUGAUCCAGAAAAGUGCGAUGAAUUUUAAUUGUUUGAUAUACAAUUUAUGUUGUUGUAAAAUAGACGAAUCGUGCGAAAUUGUCAAUUUUAUUCUCGGUGUCUAUGAAACCAUUUAGUGCCAAAUGAAUUGUUUAAUUUUUUCAUGAUGGGAGAAUAGUAGGACAAGUGCUGAAUGCAUUGUUCUAUAUAUUUGAGGAAUUUACUAAGCUUAUGUGCGCUUAUUGGAGUGGCCGGAGUUUUGAUAAAUGACGUUUCAGCGAAAACACGAUCAAUGAACAUUUAGGCAGAUAGAAUUACUCUGUGCGACAAAAUCAAAAGAAUUGUUAGUACCUCCGUUGGACAACUUUAUUGAAAGACUCCAUGAAAAAAAAAAUUGUAAUUUUUGCUACAUAUUUGUGAUCUUUUCUCUUCAAGAACACGUUCUCUUUGUUACCAAUUUGCAAUGCAAAGUUAAAUUUUUUACUGUAGUUGUUGAUAUAUACUUAUAUUUUCUACUGUAUUAAAUUAUAUUCAAUGUGAAGUGUAACUGAGAAGACGGAAAAGAAAACGCAAGUUACUGUGAAGAGAUAAUACCAGAUAAAUAAACAAGAAAAUAUAAGUAAAGCAAAUAUAUUUAUUAGGAAUAGAAUACGAAUAAUAGCAUCCUUCACUGUGGAAAUGGAAUUUGGAUAAUUGACAACCAAUAUUUUAUUUUAUAAAUUUUGUGACAUCUUCAAUGGUUCAUCUGAGAUCAAGAGAAUUUUUGCGAGAAAAUCGUACUUUACCAUUAAAUUUGAUAAAAUAUGCAAGAAUGGCAUUUAUGCUGAGCUCGAGAGCUCAUAUAUAAUAUGUCAUUCUUUGUCCGGGCAUGAGUAAGUGAUAAGGUAUUGACUUUCUGUCCUGCAGCAUCACUAAUUAAUUGAUUAUCCGGAAUAAUGGGAUGCCGAUGAAUGAAAUAUACAGAAUUAUGCUAAAGUAUUGAUUAUCAGCCUUUGAUAUUCCAUUUGUAUCGGUGUUGCGACUGUGAAGUACACUUUACGUUUACAAACUAAUUACUGUUGUAGCGAAAAGAGAAAUAUUGUGAAUAUUGCAUUACUGAAGCAAAGUAAUUUAAAUGUUGAUAGAUAGAGAACAAUGUGUUGUAAUAUGUAUAAAAUAAAACUGAGCGCUGAGAGAAGAAACUGAGAUAUAAAAUAAAUCAAAACAAUUUAUGUCAAUUUAUGCUAUUUUAUUCAAAUUAAAUACGCCAACAGUGGUAACAAGGAACUACUUGGCGAUGGUGUUUAGAAGUCAACUGGCAAGAAAUGAAUAAUUCACACCCUCCGUGUGUGAAGUGCAAAAUUGUCUGCGGAGUCAAUCAAAUAUUUUCACAGCCCUCCAGCGCAGCACAGCCAAAAAUGUUCCCAUGUAAACCCAUG